UUUGUUGGCGCGAAGCCCCGCCCCCGGCAGGGGCAGAGGGUGACGGGCGAGGGUCAUGGGGUGUAAGUGAUCCUGAGCAACCCUGUGCCCUAGGGCCGCGACAUCCCCUUGUCCCGCGGCCGCUACCAACGCGCCGGGACCCUCACUCGCCCGCCCGUUCACCCUCUGGCGGCGGCACGGCCCAUGCGGCUGGGGGCGGAGGCCGGAUCCGGCGCGGGCUGGGUGUUUCAGAUAUUGCUAUACGGAGAUUUGCCAAAAAAUAAGGAAAAUAUAAUAUAUUUAGCAAAUCAUCAAAGCACAGUUGACUGGAUUAUUGCUGAUAUUCUGGCCAUCAGGCAGAAUGCUCUUGGACACGUGCGCUAUGUGCUGAAAGAUGGGCUAAAAUGGCUUCCGUUGUAUGGGUGUUAUUUUUCUCAGCAUGGAGGGAUCUAUGUGAAGAGAAGUGCCAAAUUCAAUGAAAAGGAAAUGAGGAAAAAGCUGCAGAGCUACGUGAAUGCAGGGACUCCGAUGUAUCUUGUGAUUUUUCCAGAGGGAACAAGGUAUAAUCCAGAACUAACAAAAGUCCUUUCAGCUAGUCAAGCAUUUGCUGCUCAAAAAGGCCUUCCAGUAUUAAAACACGUGCUAACACCAAGAAUAAAGGCAACCCAUGUUGCUUUUGAUUCUAUGAAGAGUUAUUUAGAUGCAAUUUACGAUGUUACAGUGGCUUUCGAAGGGACCAUGGAUGAUAAAGGGCAGAGGAAAGAAGCACCAUCCAUGGUUGAAUUUCUCUGCAAAGAAUGUCCAAAAAUUCACAUUCACCUUGAUCGUAUAGAGAAAAAAGAUGUCCCAGAAGAGCAAGUAUAUAUGAAAAGAUGGCUUCAUGAACGUUUUGAAAUAAAAGAUAAAUUGCUUAUAGAAUUCUAUGAUUCACCGGAUCCAGAAAGAAGAAACAAAUUUCCUGGAGAAAGUGUUAAUUCUAAACUAAGUCUCAAGAAGACCUUACCAUCAUUCUUGAUCUUAAGUGGUUUGACUGCUGGUAUGCUUAUGACUGAGGCUGGAAGGAAACUGUAUGUAAAAACGUGGGUUUACGGAACCUUAAUUGGCUGCUUGUGGGUUAGCAUUAAAGCAUAAACAAGUAGCCUUCUCCGAAGGCAGUGGGAUGUGCUACCUUGUUAUUUUUGGUGGCUGCACCUUACAUCUGAUUGUUCCUGAAAUUAAUAUGAGGUGUAAAUAAAGCCUUGUUGAUUGAACAUUGGAUAAAAUAGAAUUUCUGACUAAAGGCGACAUGCAGUUGGUCUUGGGGAAACAAACAGUUUUUCAACUUUAGUACAGAAGCUGCUGGAAAAGGAAAAGAUAAACCAAGUUUAUGUUAUACUUGGCAUUUCCUAUAAACUGAUGUCAACCUCAGAAGAUCAUUAGGAUUGUAUAAUUUGUUAUUGUCUUGUAAUUCAGAUAGCUGUAUUCAUAAACAUUAAUUUGCAGUAUAUUGCACUGUAUUUGUUAUUUUCAGUUUUUUUACAACUUGACUGGUCCAAACUCUUUAUCACUCAAGUAUUUAGUAUCUUGCUGUUGUGUAAUAUUUUGCUUUCUGCUUAAUUUCUCCAAGUCAGUGACAGAAAUUACAGUUACAUAUCAAGAAGGACAUGAGGGGAGGGCCCAGAAAUGUUUGUGGGGAAAAGCUCUUGCUAGCGUGUGCUUUUAUUGUAUUGUGUUCUUAGCUGAUUCCACUUUAUAUUUGCAAAAUAAUUAACAUUUCUAAUAUUUAUUGAAACGGCUUAAUUUGCACACCCUGUACUCUAUACAAAAGAAUAAAUAAGGUAUAAAAUAUGAGAAUUAAGUUUAAGUUAAAAUUGUGACCCUGGUUCACUGUAGCAGAACUUAAAAUUGCUCAGCUUUUUGAAGAUUUAAGCUAAGCUUCUAGUACUUCACCAUGUUUGUGCCAUAAGUACUUCAAAACCUUAAGGUUUCCUAUUCUUUUUUAUAUCAAAAUAAUCAGUGUGAACCUUUGUCAGAACAGAGUCCACAGAUAUUUGAGAUGAUGGAAGCUUCUCAAACAUCUGAUUUGAUUUACUAGCAUGUGCCUUUUGCCUGUUACUUUUGGGUUUGACAAAAUAUUUAACCCCAAAAUCCUCUUUCCUGUCAUCAUGGUCAAUUUCCAUUGUUUUUGAGUUCUUUUCCUUCAAAUCGCUGGCAGUGGUGCCUUGGGGGCUGGCCUGAUGGCUCCACUGUGUAGCUGGCCAGCCUCUGCCUGGUCGCAGCCUUGAACCAUCCAUGCUCUUAGGAGCCAGCUCACCAUCUUCGGCAAAGGCACUUUGCAUUCGUAUUAGGUCAGGAAAUCAGCUUACUUGAGCCAGUGAAAUACAGACUUUAUCCAUCCGGACGGAGUGAUUUCACUUAGUUCCCAUGAGUAUGAACAAGGCCACACAAUCUGUUUCACCUCAAAAGAAGAGCUGUGUUUUAGGAACCAAAUCCCACACUUUCAGUCCUAGAGCAAUAGAGGCCCUGGAAAAGGACCUUUUAAAAGUGUUGUGAUCCUGCUCUAUUUUUAUGUUACAAUUCAAACUUACAUAACAUUUCUGCUUAUCGGUAAUGGAUUUUUGCUGCAGAAUUGUAUCAGUGUCCCAGAUGAAACACACCAAUUAAAUCAUCAUAACAAGAUGGAAAUAAUAAUUAAGGGAAAUUUUACCUGAUUUUCCAGAACCAGAGUAAACCAUUUCAAGUAAUCCCUCUGAAGAGCUGGGUAAUAUCAGUUGGGGGGGUGUGUGUGUGUGUGUGUGUGUGUGUGUGCACAUGCACACACAUUCCCACAGGAUACAAUUGGCCUAAUUUUCAAUGGGGUGCAGGUAAAACUUUUGAGACAUGUUCUCAUGCCAAAUUGCUGUUUUCUUCUACUUAUUAAAGUGCAAUUUAGAUCAGUUCCAUGUCUUAUUAGUUUUUUUAACAGUCCUAAAGUUGGAGCCUACUUCUAAUUAGAUCAAAAUAAUGUAAGUUGUAUAACUUACUUUGAAUGUCAUGGGUAUGUUCUACAUUUAAGUUUUAAGAAGCAGUAGUACCGUGGGAAUUAUGUUGAUUAUAUGUGAUUUGAAGAAGUCAAAAUGAACUGCGUUAAGAUCAUUUGAACAUCAUGUUUCUUAUAACUAUCCUUGUAUUCUUUUCACAAGAGGUCUAUAAAAUAUUUGUUUAAAAGUGUUUUUUUGUAUCAAAAUACUCGGACAAUUAGAAGCUUCUUUUUAACAUGUAUUGAUAUGACUUGAAUUAUUAUUUUCUAGAAUUAAGAGCCCUAUAUCUACCUGUAAAUCUUUUUGCAUAAUAUCAGUUUAAGCUUUUGUUUCUGUUAUUCUUGAUUUACAGCUUAGUUAUCCCUUGGUUUUUCUUUCAAAGGAAGCAAUCAAUGUGCAUGCUUUUAUGUUUUUCACAAGAGGGUGUGUUUGGAUGAAAGUAAAAGAAAAAAAUAAAAUCUUUCAUUGUCUCUAA